AUGCCUCCUAAAUCUGGUAAGAAACCCGAAGCAUCUAAAGGCAAGAAAAACGUCGUAGCUGGUGACAAAAAGAAGCGCAAAGGUCGUCGCAAGGAGAGCUACGCCAUCUACAUUUACAAAGUUCUGAAGCAAGUUCAUCCCGACACAGGAAUCUCCAGCAAAGCAAUGGGCAUCAUGAAUUCGUUCGUGAACGAUAUAUUCGAACGCAUCGCUGCAGAGUCGUCUCGACUAGCGCACUACAACAAGAAGUCCACAAUCAGCUCGCGAGAGAUUCAGACUGCAAUUCGCCUACUACUACCAGGGGAGCUUGCCAAACACGCCGUCAGCGAGGGGACCAAAGCCGUUACUAAGUACACCAGCAGCAAGUGA